AUGGCAUACAACGCGCAGGGCGGAGAAGCAGGCGGCUACUACAACGCCGGACAGCCAGCUCCUCCGAAUUAUCAGCAGCAGUACGGCCAGCAACAGUAUGGCCAGCAACAGUAUGGCCAGCAGCAGUACGACCAGCAGCAGCAGCAGCAAUACAGCCAACAGCAGUACGGCCAAGGCCAGUACAACCAGCAGCCCUCCGGGCCUCCUCCCCAGCAGGGCUACGGCGAGAAUGGCUACCAGAACAACGGGGAGAAGCCCAUGUUUGAACAAGCUUUCAAGGUCGAUCGACCAAAGUGGAAUGACCUCUGGGCUGGUAUCCUGCUCAUAAUCGUCUUUCUCGGUUUCGUCGCUGUCUCUGGGCUCUCGAUCCACGGUUACGCAACUACCAAGCGUUUCAAUGGCGGCGGCAUCUACGAUGGCGCUCAGUCCGUUGGUCUCAACACCAAUACCAUUGUCUUGUUCAUCUUCUGCCUGUGCAUUGCCAUUGUCUUCAGCUGGGUCUAUGUCUGGCUUGCCCGGCUCUUUCCCAAGGCCUUUAUCUGGAUUACCGGCAUUCUGAACAUCGUCUUCGGCUUGGUUACGGCCAUCUACAUGCUUGCUCGGCAUUACUACUCCGGUGGGAUAGUCUUCUUGCUUUUUGUGGCCUUCCUGAUCUUCGCCUUCAUCACAUGGAUCCCCCGCAUCCCCUUCAGCGCCCUGAUGCUCAAGACCUCGAUUGACGUGUCCAAGAAGUAUGGUCAUACCUACCUUGUGAGCUUCCUAGGUGGUCUGCUGGCCACGGCUCUUGCAGCCUGGUACAGCGUCACAUUCGUCGCUGUUUACGUCAAGUACGAGCCUGGCCUGAAUCCAGCCUGCAGCCAAGGUGGCGGUGGUUGUAGCUCUGCCAAAGUCACAGGCUUGAUUGUCUUCAUCACCUUCGCCAUGUACUGGAUUUCUGAGUGGCUGAAGAACACAAUUCACACCACCAUUUCCGGCAUUUACGGCUCCUGGUACUUCCACCCCAACAACCUGCCGAGAGGAGCGACCCGCGGGGCUCUGAAGAGGUCCUUGACCUACAGCUUUGGCAGCAUCAGCUUUGGUAGCUUGAUUGUGGCAAUUAUUAACUUCUUACGCCAAAUAUGCUCUGUCGCCCAGCGAAGCGAGGCGGGCCAAGGAAAUGUUGUUGCGAGCAUCAUGUUUUGCGUCCUGGGUUGUAUCAUUGGCCUCUUGGACUGGGCGGUACAGUUCCUCAACCGCUAUGCCUUCUCUUACAUCGCCUUGUACGGAAAGGCCUACAUCCCAGCAGCCAAGGAUACCUGGAACAUGAUCAAACAGCGCGGUAUCGAUGCACUUAUUAAUGAGUGCCUGAUUGGGCCCGUCCUCAGCAUGGGUGCCACCUUCGUUGGAUACGCCUGCGCCCUGAUGGCAUAUCUGUACCUCGUGUUCACGCACCCAGCAUACAACGCCGACGGCUCAUUCACACCGGUAGUUGUGGCUUUCGCUUUCCUCAUUGGUCUGCAAAUCUGCAACAUCUUUACGACCCCAAUCAGCAGCGGUAUUGACACCAUUUUCGUUGCAACUGCCUGGGAGCCUAUGGUUCUCUACAACGAGCACCCCGAACUUUACCAGGAGAUGUGUCGGGUUUAUCCACAAGUCCAGCAAGCGGUGCAUCCUUAA